AUGAAGGAAAAGACGCCUUUGGAGGUAUCUCAAGAUUUUGAGGUGCGGCGUUACGGUCGGGACUGUAGGGAGCUGUUCUUUACAGAUAGCAACUUUAUCAAUCUCAAUCAUGCUUCAUUUGGGACCAUUCCAGAACCAGUCCUACGCGCUUGUGAAGCCCUUUCCAGAGAAUGCGAAAGAAAUCCAGAUUUAUUCAUCCGUGGUCAGCUCUUUGAUCGAUCUACAAGGGCUCGUGAAGUUGUUUGUCAACUUUUAGGGGCAGACGCGGAUACCUGUGUAUUUGUCAGUAAUGUUGCUACUGCUAUGAGCAAUGUCCUAUGCAGUAUCAGCUUGACUGAAAGAGAUCACAUCAUUUACACUGAUGCAGUUUUUGAAUCCGUGUCCACAGCCAUCCUAAACAUUCCAAGUCGGCCUCAGACUUCAGUUUUCAAGUUAGCGGAGGGGGCACUUUCACACCAAUCUAUUUUAGCACGGUUUCGUGAUCAUAUUCGAGAGGUCCAAAAACAAAUGGACGACAAAGAAGCCAAUACAGUGUCGUUAAGUAUCCAACCUCGGAAAACGGUCGUUGUUAUCGAAAGUAUUACGGCUUCCCCAGGCUUGCUUUUGCCAUGGAGGGAAAUGGUACGCAUAUGCCGAGAGGAAAAUGCACUGAGCAUCGUUGACGCUGCACAUUCACUCGGUCAAGAGCUGAACCUUAAUCUCAAAGAAGUAGACCCUGAUUUCUGGAUGACGAACUGUAGCAAGUGGUAUUAUGCCCACCGCGGGUGCGCAGUACUAUAUGUCCCAAUCAGAAAUCAGGGUAUGAUAAAGACGCAGUUAGUGCCAGGGACUAGGUACCCUACUCGUGGCUCGACCCCCCCAGAUUUCGUUCAUGAAUUUUAUUGGAGUGGAAUGAUCGAUCCAAUACCCUUUCUAAGUGUCGAAAUUGCCAGAUCAUUCAGAGAUAAAUUAGGGGGAGAAAAGGCGAUCAACGACUACUGCCGCUCUCUCGCCGUAACCGGCGGACGCUUAGUGUCUGAAAAACUUGGUACAUCGGUCAUGGACCAGACUGAGGGAAACGAGCUGACUGCCAAUAUAACUAAUAUUGAACUCCCACUUCCUCCAAACAUCACACCGUCUAAAGAAAUAUUCUUCCUGUAUCAAGACGAAAUGCUGGACAAUCAUAGGGUAUUUGCACCUGCUUUCUAUUAUAUGGGUAAAUGGUGGGUGCGAGCUAGUGCUCAAAUAUACAAUGAUCUUUCUGAUUUUGAACAGCUGGCUCACGCCCUUGCCGAGACUUGCGAAAAACUAAUUGACUGUGUGGUAUUGCGCAAAAAAUAA